AUGCAGGAUAGUAACUUGUACCGUGGCUCGGACAGUGGCUCGGACAGGUUGAAAAACCCCAAGAAGUGCAUGAUCGAGAUAGCCAGCAGUCGACUGAUCUCCACAAGGGAGCUAGAAGGACCCGCACACGCCGAGGAGUGUUCAGAGCUGUGUCGUAUGUCCAGGAAGUGCUACGGUGUCAGCUACAACGGCACCAACUGCCUGUGGGCGGACACAGCUACUGGGGUGACGGCAGAUGCAGGGACAACUACCUACACACAAAACUCGGCCUGUGUUGGUGACUACUACAUCAAGUCGACCCGUUAUCCCGGAAGUCCUGUGGAAGAUUUGCCCCCAGUGAAUGUCCCCACAAGCAUCUACUGCGCAACUCUAUGUUAUGGAACAGUUGGCUGCACCGGAUUUACAUUUGAACAGAAAACACAUGUGUGUUAUCGUGGUCAGACUUUUCCAUCUGUAGAUGACUAUAUUCCUAUCUAGAUGUAGAAGCUGCCUUAUUCCCUGUGUACAUGCAGCUUUGUUGGCGGUUAGACCAGAGUUUCUCUGGUUCGAAAAGUUAGAGGGGCCACGUGUGUGCAGAGUGGCGUCACGUGGGCUCGCC